GGAGCUUUCUAAACAAAUUGUUAUCAAUCAAAACUUUUAUAAUAUACACAGAUCUGUCCGUAUUUUUACUUCUCUUACCAAUUUCCUAAAUGACCCUAUUCUUAUGUCAAUGUUAGUCGCUAACGGAUACUCUUAUCUUAUCACCUUGAAAAUAGAAAAAUGUUUAAGUUGAAGAGGUUUUGUGGAGCUUGGUCUAAUUCAUAGGUUAUGUUUAUCGCAGAUUGAUCUAAUUUGAAGUACUGUCGAAAACUAGGAAGUAAAUAGACCAAUCCCUGACGAAUACCACCUACUGAUUAAAUCGGUCUCCACAAAACCCCUUCAACGUAUUCCAGAAGCCCUUGUGAUAAGUGGGUGAAGUUCAGUUAAAUCGAGACUGAAACGGCUAUUAUCAGUGACGUCGUAUGAUCGUCGAUCUAUGACGCAUAUUAAUCGAAGUUGGAAUUGUUGUCCUAGUAGUUAAGCGUUCGUCAUGAAUUGAUUGAGAUAGGAAAUGUAUAUCAUUAAUUUCCAAGUCAAUGAUCCAAAAGUAUCGCAUACGCUGGAGAACCUGAUGGCUUUGAGUCUUAUCCGUGGUGUGGCCGUACGUGCACACUGCUGAAGAGUUGCUUAUUAGGACGGAAUAACUGUUCAGUUUUCCUUGGUUUUUAUUGGUACCCCAUCUGAUAAAUGCAACCUAAAAGAGAAAUUUGGAUAUUGUAUUGCAAGCUAUGCUCCUCAUCAACCUUAAAAUACUUCCGACAUCUUAGUUGGACCAUAAGUAUAUCUUUUUCUAUAGCGUAAGAAAAGACAUGUGUAAUUAUUGUUAGGUAUAUUGUAUUGAAGCAUCGCUAUGUAGUUUAAUACAAAUUUCGCUGAGUGGGUUGGAUUUCACACAACUUGAAGUGACAAUGAGCAAUCGGAUACUAUUUCUCCUUUUUGAAAUAUGAUAAUCAUUUAAUUGUAUUGAAAAUCAUUAUGGUAAAUCUCGUCCUUGCGGUGUAUAAACUAUUUGUGGUUUUAGUUAUUCCCGUCGUUUACCCUCAUCUAAUCAAAUCUGUACAGAGCUCUGGGUCGAGAUCACAUUUCGUCAAAACAGAUUAGUGGAAACUACAAUCCCGUGUUUUAAUUGGAUAGUUUGAUUCCUGUAAUCCCCGCCGGUUUCAAGUUGGCUGUCCGCGCUAGACCGUGGGAAUACAACCGCCUGAAACAGCGUAGCAGAAGUCUUCGCGCAUCACUCAUCUGAAACUUCAGAGUCCAACAACAUCACAACGCAACAGACAAACCAACCUUGCGACUGGACCAACACAUCUAAUCUCAUCCUGUUUGAUACAAUUCUCACAGUAAACCCUUCUCCUGAAGUUUCAGAUUCCGUUCGCCGACUUUUCUCAUCUGUAUUGUUUAAUUACCAAAGGUUAUUUUCCUAGAUGACCUGCUGUGGAUAUGAAUACAGACUUCCAUGCUAUCUUAUUUGGUUACUGUUAGACAUAAUUUUUUUAUCUUCAGUAGAGACUUACUCAGUAUUAGCAUGAAGAUGACAUCUGAGCGUUUAUUCAUUUGUUAUUAAGACAAUCGACUUUUAGGUUAUUGGCAAUAUAAUCUAGUAAUCUUUUGGUCCAGUACUAUUUUACUCCUUAAAAUUUGUUAAUACAGGAAUUGUAUUCUUUCUUUUAGAAAUAUUGUAACUAUAUUAUACAAUGACCUUUUAAUGAUCAUUUUUACUCUUUGCCUGGUAUACAAUGUUGUCCACACCUAAUAGUCUUUGUUUUAUUUUAGAGUUUCACAAUAUGGAAUUAAGCCAUCGUGUCCCGUUUUUACCCAAGGUUUCUGAAGUUUAUAGUCGAAAUACAAAUGGUGAUAAGUCAUUCUUGAAACGCAAUAUUGUAAAUGGGCAGUCAAAACUUCAAUGGAUUUUACUAUCCAUUAUUGUAGUUGCUUUUUCAACAUUACUACUAAUUAGUGUGUAUUAUUUCUUCUUCCGUUCAUUUUCUUUUGGGAACAUGAGUUUGGACAUUGAUAUGUUGGAGGUGAAAAAAUGUCCUGGAUGUGCUGGACAAUCUAUUUGUCCACAUUUUUAUCGUGGAGAAAUUCGAUUCACUAGUAGUCAAACUAAUAUUUUUCAAUCUACCAAAGAUGGGCUAUCCUUUCCUGUUGUUGGAUACAAAGCUACUAUGGGUCUUUACGAAAAUACUAGAUAUGUUCUUCUUCGCCGUCUUGGAAGUCCAGCCACACCAUAUGCCGUUGAUGAAGCUGUUUGUCGACGAGGUUUGAGACAAGGUUCUCAUAUGUUCUCACAGUCUCUUCUAGCUAAUCUUUCUUGUAUACCACAUCUUUCGAUUUGGCGCUGGCGCCCAACAAAUGCUGAUAAUCAUGAUCCAUUUAGUAACUCAGUAGAAUCUCCGCUUGGCAGAGAAGUUCUGGCAGUUCCAAUUCCUUCACUAAAUCAAAAAAGUGUGGAAAAUAAAAGUGUUGUAAAAUCAAGUUUUGCUCCAGCCACACGGUGUUCUAGCGAUCGUUUGUUUGAACAUCUUCAAAAGAGAUUUUUAGAACGAACAAGCUUUGGAGCUGAAACUCGUUGGUUACGUUUUGAUGAAUUGAUGUUCCUUUUUAAUUUGGCAAUCGAUCCUCAAAGUGUAAUCAUACAAUCGUUUCCACGCAAAGAAAAUUGGCCUUUUCCAAGUUAUUUAGGCUCUUGUGGACGCUGGUCUGUUGAAGAAUAUCAUGGUGUACCACUUAGCUAUUUCUGUUUGGCUCCUUUAUGGAUAAGAUUACAGAUUUUGUUAAAUAUUCUCAGUCUACCAGAGAAAUUAGAGCAUCAAUCUGCUGAUGAAAUGAAUCAUGGUAGUUUUAUUCAUGAUAUGCAUAAACAUAAUUCAUCUGAUGGUUAUACAAUAUACCUUGGAGAUUUUGAUUUAAACUCAUUAUUUCUAGUAGAUCCUACAACAUAUGAUGUAACCAUUUCAAAUUUAAGACAUGCAAUUAUUGUUGACACAAAAACAUUAAUUAACUUUCAUUUUGAAUCGACCAUUGAAAAAGAACAUACUGUACCAACUAAUGCUUUAGUUAAAGUACUCAAUGGUUUACAAUUACACAAUUGUUUUGGUAAUAUAUCUACUUCAGGUGAUACAGAUGGUGAUACACCACCAUGUUUACAUAAUAAUCAUGUUGAUAAUUUAUGCUCAUCUCAAAAAUCGGAUCAUAAUAUCUGGGUUAUAUGUACUAGUUUAUUAUACGGUGUUAAUAGUAAAGAUAAUAAUCAUUGUAAUAAUUUUCUUUAUCAAAUGCCAAAUGAAUUAUAUACACUUAUUGAACGUUGUGUUCAUGAAUCGGGAAUUGGUGUAAGACGUCAAUUAAUUGAAAAAGCUCGUCAUUUAAUCAAACAAAAUAUUUGACAUGUUAACUUGUCUCUUCUUCAAUUAAUUUAGUUUAUAUAAAGUUAAGUCAUUCACCGCGCGUGUGUGUGUGUGUUUGACUGUUUUUUAUUCAUUUAUUUAGUUACUAGGUGGUAGACGAGUUGUUUAGUGCAUUUUUUAAAAAAAAAACAACGUAACUAAUUAUUUUUGCAUUUUAAACUAAUUGGCCUAUUUUAUUCUGUUUUUUUCCUUAUCAUAUUUACGAUUAGUUUGUUUAAUCUCUCUUUUUUUUCUGGCUGUGAUAAUCAGUUUAAUCAUUCCCCCCCCCACUUUUUUUUUACACAAUUCUUAAAGUUUUUAUAAAAUGGAAU